AUGGCUACUCAGGAUGAACCCGCAGUUUGUACAUGUACUGAGGUGAGUUUUCCCUUUAAAUCAAGUGUACUUUUGUAAACACAAAUGUCUUUAGUGGCGAAACAAAAUUUAAGUUGGUGCUUUUGAAUUUAUUUCAGCUUUCGUCCGAGGAUAUUCCAGGAUCAAUGAUAUCGAGGGCCGAUUUAGAAAAAUGCAAAAAAAGCGAAUUAAAGUUCUGGCUUAACUGCCGUGGCUUACGUUAUAAGUCAACAGAAACAAGAGCUGAACUUCUUUCAAGGUAAACGUUUAUUAUAGACCAACUUGUUUUUAUUUUUGAUUGUUUAUGCGGCGUUUUUGUCAAACGAAAACGAUAACAUUAAUGCGAUAAUUAAGCUUAUUACCGACGUGACCUCUCUUGAAGGUUUGUAAGUUUGUUUGCACCGAUUACCUUUCAAAAUGUACUAUAAUACUAUCUCCAUUGAAUGUUUCUGUUUUCGAUCAUUAGCGUUUAAGUAUUUAUGUAUCGCUUUUAGGGUAAGACAGAACUUGGAUAAAGAUUUUAUUCUGAUCGACCCUGAUCCCGGGAAAGCAUACACACGAGCAAAAAAAGCAAGAUGCAGAUUUUGUUCUGGGGAGGAGCAGCUUAGAAAUCCAGAAAGCCAAGAGCCCGAAGCACUGGUUACAGAUACAGAUGUAGACGUUGAAGAGAGCUGGAGUACUGAUACCUCAGUUCUUCCAAAGCGUUUUUCUUACCUUAAUAUUGUUGAACAUGCCAAAAAACCCGGAAGAGAAGCAAAAAGCUAUGUUGAAAAGCCCCUCGAAAAGGGGUACAAGUUUUUCUAUGAAAAUUAUUGUCACGAUGUUUUAUGUAAGCUUGAAGAAAAUGAAAUCCAUGUAAAAGGGAAGUGCUUUAGAUCACAAAAGAAAAAUGAAAGGCCUCAUAAUGUUACUGUGAUACUGUUAACUACUGGAGAUGUUAAGGGGGCUAAGUGUUCUUGUCCAGCAGGUGCAAAUGGGUAUUGUAAUCACACCAUGGGUUUAUUAUAUCUGAUUGAUCAUGUCAUUAAAUUAAAGGCCCCUGAAUUCCCAAGAAUUGGAACAUGCACAGACAACCCCCAACAGUGGCAUAAACCAAGAACCCAGGGUAUAAACCCUGAACCUAUUAUGGGAUAUAAUGUGAUCAAUCCUAAAUACAGGGACAAGAGCUCAGAGGGUUUAAAGUGUACUUUUUAUGAAGCCAGACAACCAAUGGUCCAAAAUAACGUGGGGGCAAAUAAUUUAUUUGAUUCACUGAAAAGCAUUAAUCCUUCUUUAGGAUUCUGUACUGUGUUUGAACAAAAACCUGCAACGAUUCCAACUAAAUUAAAUGGACACAUGGUUCCAUGUGGUAGUGUUUUAAGCUACCAGCUCUCCCUAACAGAAGCAAACUUCAAUGUUUUAACAAAUUUUCCAGUCUUGCAAAGACCCAGAGCUGUUGGUGACUACUUUCCUGACCUCCCCAUUGAAACUAAUGUACCAGCUGGAGUGGGAUUGCAAAUGCCCCUUUCUUAUCAGGAGGACCGGUUUAUUAGUCAUUUGAAUGUCCCUAAUCCAUCUUUGAUUGAACGAGAAACUAGAGGUCAAAGCAACAACCCUUUGUGGUUUCAAAGUAGAAGACUAAGGUUAACUAGUAGCAAUUUUGGACUUGUUUGCAACCGAAAACUUAACAUAUCUCAAACAAAGUUUGUUCAAAAAAAUUUGCUGUCACCAAAGGAUCUUUCCAAUGUGCCUUCUAUAAGGUACGGGAUUUCAAACGAGGCUAAAGCAGCAAAUAAGUAUGCUGAAUACAUGACAGGUAUUGGACAUGGCGUUCAGGUCUUAGAGUGCGGUCUUGUCGUAUCCAGCACAAUGCCAUGGUUGGCUGCUUCACCAGACAGAAAGGUGAUAGAUAAAAUAUUUGGUUUUGGUUUGGUAGAAAUCAAAUGCCCCUAUUCAUUAAGACACCUGACACCUGAGGAGGCAUGUGCUGACCCAAGUUUUUAUUGCCAACUAGUUAAUGGUAAGCCUGAGCUUAAAAAGGAUCACCCUUAUUACUAUCAAGUACAAGGCCAGAUGGGUUUGGCAGGAUUAAAGUGGUGUGAUUUUCUAGUAUUUUUUCAGAAAGGCCUUAUUGUACAGCGAAUAAAGUUUGAUGAGCCAUUUUGGAAGUCAAUGAUUACUAAACUAACAAACUUUUAUCAGCUGCAUGUAAUGCCAGAGGCCAUGAAGGUUUAA